AUGGCAAAAGAGGAGCACGCGACCUGUGUGCUUGGUGGAAUGGCCCCAGUGUCAUUUCCUAUGACUCAGGGCAAUGACGAGAACCUGGCAGCGGUUCAAGCCGCCAUUGAACGAACCACAAGGAAGCUCGAGCUCGAGAAGCGGAGGCUCCACGAUCUUGCUGGCGCCUCAGAGAAAGCUCAGGCCGAAUACAACGAAAAAAGGGCCCGCUAUCGCUUUAACAAGGCAGAUGCUCGGAAGGAGUUUGAAAAGGCAGAGCAACGCCUACUACUGUUAGAAAACCGAGUUGCCCAGGAAACGUCUAAGCAUAACAUAGCCAUAGCAGAGAUUGCGGAUCUUCGUACAGCUAUUGACAAACAUAGGAAAGAUCGGUUGUCACUCGACCAAGUCCAUCGGCAUCUUUCGAAAGAAAUUAAAGAAAAGGAAGGACAGCUCAAUGCGCUGAAGCAAGAAACGGCGAAGCAGCAAAAAGAAGAAAAGCGGGCACUUUCUCACAAACAGCAACUAUGCAAGCUGAGGGAAAAAGAGAGAGAAGAAUUCAGAGAAGCCACUAAGCAGAAAGAGAAGCUGAUUAAAGAUCACGAUAGAAUGCUGAAGGAGCUUGAGGCGAAAUCGGACAGAGACAAUCAGCAUAUUCGAGCUCAAAUCAAGUGCAAUGCAUUCACAGUGUCGGAGGAAGAACGGUUGACUGAUCCCGAAAUUUUAAUGAAGAACAUACUGAAAACCACUUUGCUGAACACUAUGCAGAGGUUUGCCAUCCGUCAGCACAGGAAGCAAGUGGAUGUGUUCGAGAGGGCAAUGGAUAUUAUCAAGGAAUCCACAGGAAUAUCGGACGCCGACGAAAUUGUUCGUAUCUUUACGCUGUUAGAAGAAAAAAAUUAUAGUGUUAUAACGUAUGUGAACACAAUUAACCAAGAAAUUAAAGAGAUGGAGCACCGCAAAAACGCUAUCCUCGAUCGCAUCCAAAUGCACAUCGAACACGGAAGCAAAGCCGAAAAAAUCAUUCAAGAUUUGCUCAAGGAUGUGACAGAUCAAGUAGAAAGCAUUACAAAACAAGCUGAGCUGAAGGAAGAAAGGAUAGCUGCUCAGACACAGGGCCUAGAUAAAGGCAAAGAACACUUGGUAGAAUGCGUUCGGUGCAUUGAAAACCACUGGGGUGAGAUUUCCCCAAGAACUUCUAUGGCAGACGACGUGGCCAGCCCUUCCAUUGUAGAUAUGCUGCAGUACAUCGAACAGUUUGUCGCAUCAAAGCUCGCUGAAGUGCGCCAAAGUAACGUUUCCACGCGAGGUGACUGCCUGCGAAAAGGAUCCGAACGCGCAAGCUCAACAGUGUCUUUGCCGCCACAAAGUAAGGACAAUCAGGGACCUGCAUGCUUUUCAAGACAGGGAUCUUCAUCAGAGCCAACAGCAAGCCCACGGACCCAUACAAGUGGAAUUCUGCGCCCCAAGGAGCCCUCUACAGCUCGAUGUGACAGUGACUCCGAUAAUGUGGACAACUGCGACUGGCCCUUGACAGACAAUGAGUUACGCACUCGGACAGCGCAAUCGUUUUUAAAAAGAAGAAAACGAGAACAAAGGGACAGCGAAAAUAGAUCGCUACCUGGGCAAGGCGCAAAUGCUUGCGCGACAGAAGCUCAUGCUGCCACCAGCACCGCACGGCCGGUCUCAGGAACAGCACGAUCAGAAGUUAGCCUUAAUUUAGACACGGUGUAUGAGGCCUCACCAGAAAUGCAACUCUACCUGGGCCAGACUGAAAGGCAAUUAAGCCCCAAGACGGGACUCAUAACGAGUGUUCUCGCCAGAAACAACGGGCCUGUAAAGCUUGGUCGAGGUCGAGCAGCAACAAUUGCCUGUCCCGGAAGAUCCCCACAGUCCAGCCAACGCCAGAAGGAAGUCAGAAUCACAGCUCGGAUGAGAUUGUCGAGCUCGUCGAAUAUGGGUCGGCAAGUGAUAGCUCCACAAACACAGUCUGGCCCGCCUUCCCCAUCUAACGCAUCCACACCCGCCGCAGGUCCCCCUGAAACAGCAAGCCAAGAAACUGCCACGCGAGCGCAGGUACAGCGGGGACCUGGAGAGGAAGCAGUCCAAAGUGAUAGCAAUACUGAAACUUCGACAAAUGAGUUUCAGGCUGUUGCCGUGGAAUUGUAUAAUGAAAAAGAAACAUCGGGAGAGGCGUUCCCUCUCUGUGCAGAGGCUGCUGCGCACCUUGACACAGGAAGUCUGCGACAGGUAGAAGAAGCUCUAGAAGCGGCGCUGGAAAAUGGCGUGGACAACGACUCUCCAAUUGAUGCUGAAGAAAGCCACAAAUCGGAGAGACAGGAGGCGGAUAUAGUUGGCCUGCCUGGUGAAGCAGCAUUUCUUAAUGGGGAGGGAAGUGAGAUGUUGCAGGCGCAGAGAGGCAGUGACGGCUCGACGGAGAGUCCAGACAAAAUAAAGAACAUCACAGUCGAUUCCUCAAAGUUGCCGUUGACCAAUUCAAGUGAAGCACAUGGCAAAGAUGUCACUGAACAUUCUCCAGUUGACCGACAGCAACCAGUACAGCAAGCGAGCAUUCCAACUGCGGCGGGGGACCCUGCGUUGCCGUUACCGCUGGCAGUAGAGGGCGGCAACGGAGAAGGAGGCACUGCUAUCCCAUUUCCAUGUGACGAAUCGCAAGCUGCAGGUACAGAAAACAAAGAAGUACGCACGGGAAUGCUUGCAGGUCUCAGCGCUGACAACCCUGCAAGUUUAUCAGUUAAGGAAAUCGCUGACACAGGAGGAGUAGAGGCUAAAGCUUCAGGCGAACCUGACGCUGAAGGCAUUUGUUCACGAGCUUUCAAGACUUGCGUGGGUGACCGGCCCGAUGCUGGUGAAAGCACUAGUAGCACAGCGAAGGAGCCGGAUGUCGACAGGCUAAGCCAUAGGGGUGAACUUGAGCUCGCCGCUUCUUGCAAAGACCCUAAUCUUAUACGCGAACCUUCAAACUCAGGCUCGAUCAUUACCCCGGAAGAUUCCUUAAAAGCGGAGCCAGAGGCAACCUCUGACGGUUCGGUGCCCUUGCAAGUGCCGCCAUCCACUUCGGAUUGCCGCAGUAGACCGGGAGAAGCUUCCGACACAGCAGCUGUAGAAGGAAUUGCCAGAACUGCUGCCAUUGCAGCUGCUACAGCUAUUGCUCUUGAGGCAGAGAGUCGUGCGCAAAUGGCCAGGAAUCAAAAUUUAAAAUCUAAAGAUAUGCCUGAAAUGGCGUCUCUCUCAUCCGAUGAGCGGGAUGUCGACUCCAGAGUUAAUUUUGAAGCUGAAAGUUCUAAGGGGUCCUUUGGGACGCAAGACAGCAUGCAGAAGCAAUCCUCUGGAGGAAGCCACUCUGGCCAACGGAAUCGCUGCCAUUUCCGAGUUAGCUUUUGUGAUGGGUGGCUGCCGGGGGAAGUGGAGGAUGCGCCGCCCCAAACCAGCGAGGCCUUUAGAAGGGCGUCCAUUGCAGAACGGCAAGGCACUGCAUCGAAGGCCUGGCAGCGGCUGAGAGAAGCCGACAUAGAAUGGAAUGAAAACGGAAACAGCUCUGACCCUGUAGCAUCCCCAGAGCUUCCGCCGGGCUCUGGCGCACUUGAUAUAGCUGCGCCUGGUCUCCAAGGUCAGGCAUUCGCAAGAUCGGCAACAGUCACAGUAAGCUGUGCUGUCAGGUCUACAGACCCUAGCGUAAAGAACAACAAUGAGAAAGCUCCUGCAGGCGAAAAUGCUGAGCAGCUUUUGGAUGCCGGAAAUGACACUGGGAUUCGAAAGGGACCAACCAGCAGAGAUAGCGAGAAGGAAGAAAAGACGAAGCAAAUAACGGAAAGCAAAGAGAACGGGGCUACCCUUCAUGCUACAGGGAUCUCUCCAGAUGAACUGGGAACAGCGGAGUCUACCAAUAUGCAGAAGUCAUCCCGUAGCAGCACUCUGCAAUUCCAAAACGCUGCACGGAACGACUUAGUGUCUCCUGUCUUUGACCUUGACGAAGCCGAAUGGCAAUCAGAUUGCAAUAGGGUCGGAUCAUCUGAAGUUGAAGCCACUGCAUCAGCAGGCGCCGCUGCUGACGCAGCUGCGGACUUCGGACCUGCAAACUCUGUUGGCGCUACUGCUGGGGAAGCAAUGGCUCGCUGUUCUGCUGAGGCACCAUCAGCCUAUACGGUUACUCAAGAGCCCGCUGAGGUCGUCGUUACGCUAGCAACUGCUGCAGGGGCUACAGACACUUUUGCAUCCGGGGAAAUUGCAGCAGAUAUCGCAACAGCAGAAGCCCUUGCAAAAGACGCUGAUGCGGCAGAAUCUAUUUUCACUGGAACUGCUGGCGCAAACGCACCAGCUGCACGGGCAGCUGAAAAAAAAGAAGCUACAUCAUCCGAAGAAAAGGCUAAACGAGAAAGUACGAAUAACCUCUCCUUGCCGACGACAACAACACAUGUUGCGUCCAUGCAAGAGCAAAGACAAGCCGAAGUCCAUGCAGUAGCAUUAGCAGAAUCCGCAGCAGCAGCAACUGGAGUUAUUGCCGACUCCAGCGCCACAGACGCCGUCCCAGAUGCACCAGCUGCAGAUGCAACAGCUGCAGGAACAGUUGCGGAGGAAGCAGCUGUUCAAGCACAAGGAGCAGCAGCAGAGGCAGUGGACGCCUUUGCAGGGCACGCCGUCGACGCAGCAGAUGCAGGCGCUGUGGUGACGCCUGCUGCAGACGUCUACGGGUCCCUGCCAGAGGAAACACCUGCAGCAGAGGAUGGAGUGGCGUUAGAGGAAGCAGCUGCAGCAGCAACUGUUGCUGGUUUCAACUCAAGUUUGUCGAAGUCAAUUGGAGCGAUUGGAGGCAGUGUUGAAGCAGAAAUUUCUUUGGACAAGUCAGCCGGAGAGGAGUAUGGAGCAGAACGUCGGAGGGUUCUGGCUGCAGGUGUAAGCUCGCUUCCGAUAGAUGACCUGUGCGCUGAUGAAAUGGCGGGAGAUCAUGAGGAGCCAGGGGAGACAGAAAGAGAUGCAGCGGUAUCCAGCAUAUCUUUUGAAGGCGCGCCAGCCGAAAUAUCAGAUGUCCAAGUACCAGAAGCGGGUGCAGCAGACAUAGAAGCGCUUCAAGCAGGCGCAGCCGUCGGGGGUCAAACAUUACCAGACUCACAUACAGCAGCAAUAAAGGCAGCCCUGGAUACACAACAGGCAGCUUCAACACCGCUGGGAGCACCACAUCUAGCCUUACGAGCACCAAAUGGAGGCCGUGACAACCCAGGAGAAAAAGAGGCAGAUGGAAACGCACCAGAGACAGCACUAGGAGCAGCAGGCCUAGGACGAGCUGCAGCAGAGAUGAGCGCUGCGGACGCAGGGGCGAACAGCGCGACAAGAGCAGACGCAGGCGGAGUCGCAGGCGCAGCUGAAGAGGCUGGCUCAACGGAAACAGGCGCAGAAGCACAAGAAGCAAAAACGGAAAAAGCCGACGCAGCACAAGAAACACAGGCAAAUGUCCGUACACUCCAGAGGGAUGGGGCGAGUAAUGAAGAGGAUGAGAAGCCAUGGCUGCAGCCACUAGAAAAAGAGGAACAAAACACAGCCGGCAGAACAGGCGAGCCCCCAAAAAGACUGCGUCAGAAGCCCCAGCUAACAAAAUGCUCUUGA